CCUAGGUGCAGAGCUAAAACUUACCUGCCUUGUCUGUCUGCUCCACACGGUCACGAGGACUGCUGAAGUGAACGCGCUUGCUGAGGCUGUUUCUUCCAGUAAAAAAGCGUCGAGGCGCGCCUCUGCGGAACGUUGGUGUUGUUUUGUAACAGAGUCUGGGUUUUGGAGCAGAGAGAUGCAAUGCCGCUGGAACAAGGGAAGGAAGUCACAGAAACUGGUUCUCCAGAGCUGCAGGACAAGCCCGCUCAUCAGAACCAUGUUGUCCUUCGGGAAAACCACAACACUGGUCCUAGAACUGCGCAGUCAAUGCCUUUCGUAACUCCUAACCUCAGCGGCUCUCUGGACAUUCCCCGAUGCCAUACUGACAGUGUAGUCCAUAGGAAAGCCCAAGACAGGUCAAUGCUGACACAUGACCCUCGCCUCAUUCAGAACACCUCUCUGGAGGUAUGCAAGCACUUCAUCCUAGACUGGGCAGAGAGGCUGAGAACAAUCUCUCAGAAACGAGUUGAUUUGAUCACAGACGCGCUGCAGGAAGCAGAGGGCGGGUGUGGGCACACAGAGCCGCAGGAUUCACGGGCAGCCGCUGGGGAAAUGUAUGCCAACCAGAGUCUUGAAGAGUGCAGAGACAUCAUCAUCACAUGGGCAAGGGAGCUGAGGAAUCAAUACGAGCCUGCCAGCGAGCGAGAGGAAACAGAUGAAAAUAAAAACGUUGACCAGGAGAACGCUGAAGAUUUCUCCAGACAAUCCCCGGAGAAAACAGAUCAAGGGAAGGAGUGGAAUCUGGAGCGGUGCGAAGUGAUCCUGAAGGAAUGGGCAUCCGAACUGAGGAGUGUGACUGAGAUCUGUGGAUUGGCUCAAGCAGAGAGCUGUGGACUCGAUCAGCUGGCAGUGGAGAAGUGGACGGGAGAAUUGCUCUGCACUGUCUGUCCAGUAAUUGAGUUUAUCAUGAGGGCCCUGCUUGAGAAAUCACUUUAGUUUAGCUGCACAUUGACAAUGGGAGCCGUGGAAAUGGUCCUGAAGAUAACAUUUGUAAUACAAACACGACAAACAGAACAUAUACCACACACACCUCAGGCCAAAAACUUUGCAUCACCUAGACAUUUAGGAUUGAAACAUGAUUAAAAUAAAAACUCUCUGAACAUAACUUUAGAUAUUUAGGCCAGCAGUGUGGAGUAGUGGUUAGGGCUGUGGACUCCUGACCAGAGGGUCGUGGGUUCAAGCCCCGGUGAGAGACACUGCUGUUGUACCCUUGAGCAAGGUACUUUACUUAGAUUGCUCCAGUAAAAACCCAACUGUUUAAAUGGGUAAUUGUAUGUAAAAAUAAUGCGAUAUCUGUGUAGUGUGAAAUAAUGUAUAAUGUGAUAUCUUGUAACAAUUGUAAGUCACCCUGGAUAAGGGCGUCUGCUAAGAAAUAAAUAAUAAUAUUUUUAUUUAACAUCAUGUCAUCAAAGAAACUACAAAAUGGCAUCGCAAAAGUCUACCGGAAGCCAUAAUAGUUGUAAAGUAUAAUAUUUCAUGUUAGAUUUUAAAAUGUUAAGUAGAUGAAAAACUACAAAGCAUUGGUAUGUAAUUCAAUAUGUUAAGGAAACAUUAUUCAAGCAGGCUUCAUUGGACUUUAUAAAGCAGUAACAGAUAAUUCUGUUGGGUGAUUCAAGCAGGCUUCAUUGGACUUUAUAAAACAGUAAUAGAUAAUUCUGUUGGGUGAUGCAAAACUUUUAGCCAUAACUCUACAGUAUGUACAUUUUCAUGUAAAAUAAAUGUGCUUCACAAUUGCAAGCAAUGAUUAGGUGUAUAAUGAAAUGUCCCUGUAAUACACUGUAUAUUUUACUGAUAAUCACAUUCCUGUACUGGGGUUAAUUGCACACAACCUUUAGGCACACAGUGGCUAUGCAAUUAACAUGAAUCUACUGUAAUAUGAGUUAACAGGGUGUGCUUUGUAUGUCUGAUUUAAAGUUGGAUUUCUGUGCUACUUGUGUGAAUGGUCUCUUAAUAAAGUCAGUAGAUGUUUAUGUCACC